CUGCAGGGAAAUGAUUAAAAGCUGAACGGAGCCGCAGGGGGCCGCUGCGGGAAGGGUCUUCUUGGGGCCGCCUUGCCCCGCCCCAGUCCAGCAGCAGCAAGGGUUCAGGCGGCUGCUUGGAGAGCCGGGGUGUCCCGGGCAUGAGCGGGGUGUGGGGGACCGGGGGGCCUCGGUGCCAGGCGGCGCUCGCGGUCCUGGCCUCUCUGUGCCGGGCCCGGCCGCCCCCUCUCGGGCUGGACGUGGAGACUUGUCGGAGCUUCGAGCUACAGCCCCCAGAGAGGAGUCCGAGCGCGGCCGACACAGGCACCUCUGUCAGCCUCCUCGCAGUGGUAGUUAUUGUGUGUGGCGUGGCCCUGGUGGCAGUUUUUCUCUUUCUCUUUUGGAAGCUGUGCUGGAUGCCCUGGAGGAACAAGGAGGCCUCCAGUCCCGCUUCUGCUAGCCCUCCCCCGGAGGCCCCCCAGAGCCCCAGCUCCGGAGGCAACAUGGCGGACAAGCUGAAGGACACCAACAGCCUGGGCUUCCUAGAGGCGGCCGUGAAGAUCAGCCACACGUCCCCAGAUAUCCCGGCCGAGGUGCAGAUGUCGGUCAAGGAGCACAUCAUGCGUCACACGCGGCUGCAGCGACAGACCACAGAGCCAGCAUCGUCUACCAGGCACACGUCCUUCAAGCGCCACCUGCCACGGCAGAUGCACGUGUCCAGCGUGGACUACGGCAACGAGCUGCCCCCCGCGGCGGAGCAGCCCACCAGCAUUGGCCGCAUCAAGCCCGAACUCUACAAGCAGAAAUCGGUGGACGGGGACGAUGCCAAGUCCGAGGCUGCCAAGAGCUGCGGGAAACUCAACUUCAGCCUGCGCUAUGACUACGAGAGCGAGACCCUGAUCGUGCGCAUCCUCAGGGCCUUCGACCUCCCCGCCAAGGACUUUUGCGGCAGCUCUGACCCCUACGUCAAGAUCUACCUCCUGCCUGAUCGCAAACGCAAGCUGCAGACGCGGGUGCACCGCAAGACCCUGAACCCCACCUUCGACGAAAACUUCCACUUCCCCGUGCCCUACGAGGAGCUGGCAGACCGCAAGCUGCAUCUCAGCGUCUUCGACUUCGACCGUUUCUCCCGCCAUGACAUGAUCGGAGAGGUCAUCCUGGACAACCUCUUUGAGGCCUCCGACCUGUCCCGGGAAACCUCCAUCUGGAAGGACAUCCAGUAUGCCACCAGUGAAAGCGUGGACCUGGGAGAGAUCAUGUUCUCGCUGUGCUACCUGCCCACUGCAGGCAGGCUCACCCUCACGGUGAUCAAAUGUCGGAACCUCAAGGCGAUGGACAUUACAGGCUAUUCAGAUCCAUAUGUCAAAGUGUCCCUGCUUUGUGAUGGGAGGAGACUGAAGAAGAAGAAAACGACCAUAAAGAAGAACACUCUCAACCCUGUCUACAAUGAAGCCAUCAUCUUUGACAUCCCCCCAGAGAACAUGGAUCAAGUCAACCUGCUCAUCUCGGUUAUGGAUUACGAUCGUGGCAGGGCCGGGCUGCCAGCUUUGACAGUGAGAGCUCGUGCCCGUCCCCGAAACCACCUCCCACACCAUGAGCUGCGCGGCCGGGCGACACCGAGGGGACUCCGCGACGUUCUUUUUUGCACUUGUUCAACUGUCCAAACACAGUGUUACGCAGGAGCAGCGGCAGCGGUAGCACGAGUCUUAACCGCUCCUGUGUAGGUUAAGGCCAAGACAUUUGUCGAGCGGCCGGACCUGUCUUAGUCGUUUUUGUCUCCCAAGGUGAUGUUUUCUGUGGUUUUCACUUUUUAUGGAUCUGCUGCCAAGAAAAGAAGGGGGAAAUAGUAGGAAAGAAAGAAGAGUGGAGAGCCCAGAGGUUGGUUCAUAUAAAAUACAAUGUAAAAUAGUCGCCUUUUCGGGGGAGGUGGUUUGAGUUCCUGAAGUUUUGUGUCUCCACCAAGCUCCACAACCCUGGAGACGACGAAGCGGACUGGAAGAAUGGCUGCUUCUGCAGCGGCCCGCCGAAGGGUGCAGAUCGGGCCACGAGCCUUUACGAGGUGAGCUGUGACCCUUGGAAGCUCUUCGCUGAUGUGGCACAGACCGAGAUGAAGACUCCUGGUCCUGCGCUGAAAUCACUGGGGCUCCGAGGUGUCUGUGCACCUUCCGCUGGUUGUGAGGGCUCCUUCCCCCACUUCCUUGUUGACUUUCCUCAUGCAUUGAACGAAUGUCUUGAUUCCUCAUGGGAACUUAGCCACUUUCUUUAGGAAGGAUUCUGCCGACACUAAACAUGCCCUAUGUGUUCUGGCACACCACAGUUAAUGACCACAGUUGUUUGAAAACAGAUCUUUGUUCUCAGAAAUAACCUUCAUGGUAAAGUAAAGAAGGCACCCAGGUUCCAGAAUGACUUCUGUGUUAUGCAUAGCUUUAAAAUGCCAUGAGGUAACAAGCAACUGUUUCAAAUGCCUCAGUAGAUCAGAGAAGAACCUGGAUAAAAUGUUCUUUGGAAAAUGGGGAGUUUUAAUCCAAGUCAGAGCUGGAAUCCAUUUUUCUCUGAAGAGAAUCUUCUUGAUUGAAACAAAGUCAACUUAAGAGUAUUUCAGUGCCCUCCACCCCCUCUUGACUCUGGGACAAUGUUCAUCUUCAACUUUAGUUCUAUAAAUUACUAAGUACUUCAGUGUUUGUUUCAGUGGUAGUGAAGGUUUCGGUUUUUUUCUCCUUUAGACCUCUACCUUAGGCCAAAUUCAGUUUAGGAAAAAAAAAAAAUGUUUCAAGUGUUCUGCAUUGUCAUAGUACGUUUUUGUUGAGUUACUAGUGGCCUUCCCACCAACCCCCUAUAACUCAAGUUGGUUUGCUUAAUCUCAGUCUGUAUAGCCCUGGUAAAUUCCUGGAGGUGAGUUGCCACUGUAUCUUGUGAAUACACAAUGCCAACUUCCAGAGUCGUGUGUGUGUGACUUUCAAGAGGCAAGUCUGCUGAAGAGCCCCUUCUUCUGCCAUGGGAAGGUCAAGAACGGAAAAGCUACUCACACACCUUGUGUCUUAUUCUUUGUAUAUGUCACGUGCUUUAGGAGCAGAAACUCAAUAAAGUAACCCUCACUUUAAGCCAAGUUUUCAGGUUUCUCUGCUGAUAUGACUUUGGGCAGUGUCUUCUACCCAGAGUUCAGACUAGACAUGAGGAUGACCAGGAUAUUGUGGCCAGAGAAGUUUUCAGCUCAUAAAAGUAAAGGCAGAUAAACCCAAACUCUACUCUGUACUGAGCCUUAGGCUAGGAGCUAAUGUGAGUCAUUGUAUAAAGAUAAGCUUUCUCCCCAAAUGUCUUGUGAUUGAUAGGCCAUCCUGGUCGGGCAGUACUGUGGCUAGAUGUUCUUUCCAGAGGGAGAAAAAACCUCAUGUCAUGACAAAAAAGGACAAAAAACCUCUUGUCAUGACAAGACUUCCAACAGGCCAUGAACUUUCUUCUGCCUCUUGACUCUAGACUGAUUCCAUCAAGAGGGCCAUCUCAAUCACUGGGCAGAUGCUGUGGGUCCUGCAACUAGGAAGGGGACAGCUGAGUUUCCUGGGUCACAGCCCAGAAAUUAGUGUGAGAGGAUCCUUCCAGAAGUGAGCUCAAAACACAUGUCCAGCUGCCAUCUUCAUAACCCUUAGACACAUGAGAAUGACCACUGGACCCUUUCGGAGGAGGGAGUGUGAUCGGUGUGAAGGGUGGGAUAGUGACUGCUCUCAGACAUUCCUUUUAUGUCCAAGCAGCUGACCCACACAAGCGAACCUCCCUGUGGUUUUGGGAGAUGGUUUCCUGAGCAGAUUGUGGUCUGCCCCCCACCACUGACCCAGUUGCCACUUCCACUAUCGCAGCCUUGGUAAGUUUCUACAGCCUGGGAAGCCCAGGCUAGGGAGGCUCUCAACAGCAGGAGCCUCACCCCCCAAGCGUCUUCUGGGGAGAUUAGUCCUCAACCCACAGCAUGAAUGGACCUGAAUGUCUGCCAAUGUCAUUAUCUAGCCCAAUACCUCUUCCUCGCGGAUGAGAAUAAAAUGAAUUACAAGUUUCAGAACAAAAUGAAAUACAAAGUUGAUUCAUUUGUUAGCUUCUCUGCCAGGAGAAACCUCUUUCCUGUCUUGGCGUUUUGAGCUUUGCUCAAGUCAUGAUAAUCAGGGCCUUUUGCAUAUAGAAGUGUUUUGUUUUUGUUUUUGUUUUAAAGCAAAGUUCCCUUCUUUGUUUAGCAGUGUUUCUGGGCUAAAAGAUGCCUCUCCCCCUUCCUUCACAUAUUCAGGAUGUUAACUAAUUGCAUCGUCAUUUAAAAAAUUAUGUUGUUCAUUACUGCUUCGUGUCUCCCCGCCCCUGUCACAGCCUGGAGUUUUUAUUCAAUUAAAUAUCCGUCUCUCCCCCAUUUCUCUUGUCAUUGUAUGUUCCGGAGGUUUAGCCGUCUGCAUGCACACAGGACACUGCAGAGCUUUUUUACCUUUAAGCUUUGUUUCACAGAGAUAACCACUUCCCUUCCGUCCGAGGUACAGCGGUAGGGCUUGUUUGGUUUUUGUUCCGCCCAAGGAAUCCCUGCAUACCCCAAGAGCCUGGAAUACACCUGCGUUUUGUCAGGCUGAUGGCUCCCAGAGCAUUUGGUGCACGGGGCUGUGCUGUCUCCUGAGCUGUUCAACUCCACAAGCGAACGGCCCCUUCAGAUGCCCAGGGAAGCAGGUUGCACGCUCGAACCUGGAAAGUGCCAUGCUUUCGCCCACCCAGAGAGGAAUCCUGCUAACUCUCAUGAAACACCACUUGGCUGAAUGAGGAGAAAAAUCCUACUGCAGGCUGGAAAUUUUAAAAAGAACAUUCUGAAUUAAUAGAAUAUCCUCUCCACUCACCCCCAGCUUUUAAUUAAUUUAGGAAGCAGCCCACAGAGAGGAGAGUGGAAGGUACUGUCCUUUCCUGCACAUCCGCAUCUGAAUUACUGGCGCUCCGCAGUGAGAUGCCACCAAGGGAGCCGAACUGCUGAGAGAAGCACUCUGCUUCCUAAAGGCACAGCCUCCCCUGGCUUCUGCCUCCCGUCAGGUCACCUGUCAGCCGCGGGGUUCGGUGAUGUGUAGGUUGGCUCGUAUCUAGAGCAGAUCAAGCGAUGGGGUGAAUGUGUCUGGCUGGCUGGGCUGGGUUAUGCAGCCAUAGCAUCCUUCAGACCUCAGUGGCUGGAAACAACAAAGGCUUACUUCUCAUUUGUGUUCCAUGCCCGUCACAGGUCAGCAAGGGGUUGGGGGGCAUGUUCUGCUCAUCAGAGGUAUUCAGGGGAACUUGGGACACCAGAGCAGCCAACAUCUCAAACAUUGCCUGAGAGAAAAGAGCUCUCUGAAGGCUCUCCUAUUGGCCUCAACACUCUGGCCCAGAGGUGACACAUGUCCCUUUCCUUCACGGUUCAUUGCCCAGAACUAUUCAUGUGGCCACCCAAAUUAUAGGUGUUCAAGUGCCGAGGGGAUGAAGAACUGGAAAUAAUUGGUUCACACUCAGGAUGACCACAGUGAAGUUAGCAGACCCGUGGGGGGUGACAGCUACUGAAUAUCUGAUUCAGAGAAACUCAUAAAGAGAAGCUAUAGUCUAUUCGUUGUCAAAUGACAUCAAGGACUAUAUUGAGCCACAUAACUGUGCUAGCCUCAGACUUGAAUCUUGCCCACAAACAGCUCAGUCUAGUAAACUGGCAAUGUAAGUAACUAUAGUCCAAGGUGUGUGCAGAACAGGAGGUGUGGACUCCGUUUUGUUUUUGUUUUUGUUUUUUAUGUCCAUUCACUUUUGAGUCAGAGAGAGAGACAGAGAGAGACAGCAGGGGAGGGGCAGAGAGAGAGGGAGCACAGACUCAGAGGCAGCUCCAGGCUCUGAGCUGUCAGCACAGAGCCCGAUGCCGGGCUUGAACCCACGGACUGUGAGAUCAUGCCCCGAGCCGAAGUCGGACGCUUAACUGACUGAGCCACCCAGGCGCCCCGAGAGGUGUGGACUUCUGUGGCCACAGAAGAAUAUCAUAGCUCGGCAGAAUGACGGCUUCGAGAAGGAAGGCGCAUCUGAUCUAGAGCUUUAAAGGAUGGGUAGGAUUUGGGGAUGUGGAGGUUGUGAGGGGGGAGCACAUUCCAGGCUGAGGGGUCCAUACUGGUGAAGACCCGGAGCUGAGGAAUCCCCAGGGCCACCAAGCACCCUGAAUCUGGGGGAGACAAGGAACCCCUGAGCACAGCUGCCACCUUGCUGGUGCUGGUCAGCCCCUGCCAGAUGCUAGACGCCUGCCCGGGGAGGCUUCCCUUCCCCUACUCUGAGCCCUGCACCACCAGGCUCUAGACCUGGCCCCUGCCUCGUUCCUGCCAGCUGCCUCCACAAAGUGGGCUCACUGCCCUCCUUCCUCCACUGCCGGCUUGGCCUCCGCUCUCAGACGGGCUGAUCACCCAGAACUGCAAGAUUUGCCUGAUUUCAAGAAUCUGUCUAGCUGCCACACCUCAUCCCCUCACCCAGCCUCAUCGCCUCAGGCUGUUUUGCAGCUACAGGCCACUCGGGACUUCAGGAUUUGUCCCGUGUCCCACCCCUCUUUGCAGUGAGCCCCAUCCAGAUGUCUGAUGCCCUGGUGCAGGGCACGGGACUGGCCUCCCCCAACUUUCCUCUGGCUGGUUCACAGCAGCGCCACCGGCAAGGCUGUGGCAAGCCCGCAAGCAGAGCCUGGAGGCAAAGGGGCUUCCAGGCAGUCGCAGCCAUCCAUCCAAGAGGGGGCGAAGGGCCAAGCUAAGCCUAGGCCACACACAGGGAGACAGGGGCACCUGUAUGGGACAUGGGGAACAGGAUGGACAGCAUGGCAGGGCGGACAGCUGAGCAGAUCUGGAAGGCAGGGAGAUGAAAAGGGCAUUCAAGAGUGUUGAAGGCUUUCACACUUGAGGCACCAGAAAAAUGAUGGAGGCUUCCAUAGAAACCGGAAACUCUGCAGAACAAGGGAAAACGAUAAGUCUGGUUUGGCCAGCUGAAUUUGAGAUACGGGAGGGAUGUGCAGCCGACAGCCGUAGUUGGAGAUGCGGCUUGGCAGAGAGGUCGGGCGUGAGAUGUUAAUUUAUAGAAAGCUUACACACCCAAAUGAGAUGUGGACAGGAGGCUGACAUGGCCACGUGGGUACAAGCAGACAAGGAGAGUCUCAGAGAGGGCUUCUUCGGGAACCAUCAAGAUUUAGAGGUCAAGGAAAAAGAAAGCGAUGUGAAUAAUAAUGGAGGUGUGCCCAAGCAAAGCUGAUCGAUGAGGCUGCGGGUGAACAAAAACAGAUCAAUCAAGGCCUCAUAAAACGAUUCUUCACAAGUUAAUCCAAAGCGCUUGAACCUAACUUGAUUCGCAAGUCUUUUUUCACCCACAUUCGCAGGGACCCGCCUCUUUUAUCCCCCUUGCCUGUGCUUGCCUUUUGUGUGUGUGCGUGCAUGGUAAAAUACAUUUACCUUCAGUUUACCCUUUUAGCCCUUUUUAAGCGUACGAUUCAGCGGCUUUAAUUAUGUUCAUGCUGUUGUGCAAGCAUCACCACCAGCCAUCCACAGAACUUUGUCCAUCCUGCAAAGCUGAAGCUCUGUGCCCAUUAAACAGAGCUCCCCAUCCCAACCUCCCCCAGCCCCUGGCCAUGCCCAUUCUACUUCAUGUCUCCAUGAACUUCACCACUCUAGGUAGCUCAUAUAAGUGCAAUCGUGUCAUAUUUGUCCUUUGGUGCCUGGCUUAUUUCACUUAGCAGAGUAUCCUCAAGGUUCAUCCAUGUUGUAAUAUGUGUCAAGAAUUUCCUUCCUUUUUAAAGCUGAAUAAUAUUCUAUUGUAUGGAUAUACCCCAUUUGGUUUUUCCAUUGAUCUGUCAGUGAACAUUCGGGUUGCUUCCACCUUUUGGCUUUUGUGAAUAAUGCUGCCGUGAACAUGGGUGUACAAACAUCUCUUCCUGUCUCUGCUUCCAAUUCUCUGGGGUAUAUAUCUGGAGUGGAAUUGUUGGACCAUGUAGUAAUUCUAUUUUUAAUAUGUUGGGGAACUGCCUUACCCUUUUUCAUAGUGGCUGCACCAUGUUACAUUCCCAUAGGCAGUGCACAAAGGUUCCAAUUUCUCUCCAUUCUCACCAACACUUGUUAUAUAUUUUUUUUAUGUAUUUUUGAUGGUAGGCAUCCUAAUGGGUGUGAAGUUGUAACUAAUUGUGAUUCCGAUUUGUAUUUUCAUAAUGAUUAGCGAUGUUAAGUAUCUUUUCAUGUGUUUUUUUGCCAUUUGUAUAUAUUCUUUGCACAAUGUCUAUUCAAGUCCUUUGCUUGUUUUUUUAUUUUAUUUUAUUAAGCUUUAAAUUUUAAUUCCAGUAUAGUUAACAUACAGUGCUAUAUUCGUUCCAGGUGCACAAUAUAGUGAUUCAAUGCGCAUUUCUGAAUUUGUUUUGUUGUUGUUCUUUGGAUUCUUCUAUAUUCAAGGUAUUGAUCUCUUGUCAGAUUUACCAUUUACCAAUACAGUAUUGUCUCCCAUUCUGUGGGUUGCUGUUGAUGAUGUCCUAUGAUGCACAAAAGUUUUAAAAUUUGAAGUUGUCCAA